GAAGUUGCGCCCUGCAACACCCAAGCCUGCGUUCCCGUCACGAGGGACUGCGCUUUCGGCGACUGGGGCAAUUGGAGCACAUGCUCCCAGGAGACAGGCGAAGGCUUUUCCAAGAGACUGCGGAGCCUGGUGCCGGCGACGGGAGACGGCAAGGCUUGCAAUGGAACCACCGUGGAGCUGAAGGCUUGCCAGAUCAAGCCUCAGGAGGUUGUCGACUGCAAGUGGGGGAGCUGGUUGGACUGGAGCGACUGCACCAAGACCUGUGGAGGAGGCUCCAUGCGCCGGAGCCGGGCCGUGGAAGCGGCGCCGCGGAACGGCGGCCUGCCCUGCCAGGCCGAGGAUAAGGAGGAAGUGGCUUUCUGUAGCACAAUGCCGUGCAGCGGCGAGUGCAUCGAUGGCAAAUGGAGCGACUGGGCAGACUGGGGGGAGUGCAGCGCCUACUGCGGCAGCGGCUUCCAGAAGCGGCGCCGGAGCCUGGCGACGCUGCCCACAGCUUGCGGGGCCAUGCCGGAAGGGCACCGCGAGGACUACCGCCUCUGCGACCCGGCCUUGCCGGCCUGCGAGCAGGACCAAAACUGCCGCCUCUCCUUGUGGAGUAGCUGGUCGGAGUGCUCCAAGGACUGUCACGGAGUCCGUGAGAGGGUCCGCCACAUCACCAUGUUCGCCCGCGGGAACGGAGUUCCCUGUGUAAACGAAAGCCUCAAGGACAUCGAGGACUGCAAUCCGCUGCUGGGCGGCGCAGCACCUGCUGCCUGCGGCACGGCGCCGCUGCAGGACUGCGUUCUCCAGGACUGGUCCGAGUGGUCAGAUUGCUCCGUGACCUGUGGCGGCGGCGAACAGCUCCGCAAGCGCACGGUCUUGCAGGCCUCCUCGAAUGGCGGCAGACCGUGCAAUGGCACCCUGACCCUCGUCCAGGGCUGCAGCCCAAGCCCUUGCCACGUCCAUGUGGCCAAGGAUUGCAAGUGGGGAGACUGGGCGGACUGGGGAGACUGCACUCACUGUGGCGGGCAGCGCACUCGGCACCGCAUCAUUGAGCAACUCCCGACGCUGCACGGCAAGCUGUGCGAUGAGGAGGAUGCCAAGGAGGUGUCGAACUGCACCAGCUACUGCCAUGAUCGGAAGUAUUGCGUGUGGUCUGAGUGGAGUGGGCGGGAAUGUGCCCCAACAUGCGGAGUGUCCACGACUAUGCGAAACCGAGUUCUAAAACUCGUGGACGUAGCGGAUGCGAAGGAUUAUCUCUUUGUGGGUGACAAGCAUUCCGGCUGCCUCGGUUCGCAGCUAGACGUGACAACCUGUCCCAGCUCCAGCGAACACUGCACGGAGUGCGUGCCUGUGGACUGUGCCUUUGGACCCUGGAGCGAGUGGAAUGAGCCAACCUGUGUCGGGCUCUGCGAGCGCCAGCGGGUUGUGAAGCAGAUGAGCAACGAGUGUGGCUCUCCUUGCAGCGGUGCCUUGCAAGAGACGAAGCAUUGUCAGUCCAAUUCCUGCGACGCACCCCAGGACUGCGAAGUCUCAGACUGGACCGAGUGGAGCCACUGCAGCAAUGCCACGGGACAUAUGGGCGGACAAAGGUAUCGCCGACGGGAUGUCCUCCAAGCUCCAAAGCGUGGCGGCCUUGCAUGCUAUGGAGACCUGGGACAGACUAAGGCUUGCAAAGGAGAGCUACCGGAGCCUUGUGUGAUGGAUCAGUGGCAGAGCUGGGGUGAUUGUAGCACAACGUGCGGCGAAGGUUUCCGAAGUCGGGAAAGGACUAUCAAGCGCUUGGCUGACGAUGGAGGAACGCAAUGCAACGGACGUUUAUCGGAGGUGAAGGAAUGUCACGCAGGCUUCUGGGAGGAUUGUGGUUUGGGGAGCGAACAGGACUGCGAGUUCGAUGCUUGGAAUGACUGGAGCGAUUGCAGCUUUUCCAUGCAACGAGAGCGGUCGAGGGACUUCAAGAAGCGAGCGCUGUUGGGUGGGCUACCUUGCAUGGGCCCAAUGCACGAGCUCGAGACUUGCCACCACGACCCUGUCGACUGCACCGUUUCGGACUGGACUGAUUGGGAUAAUUGUGAUCGCACUUGUGGCUCGGCACAUGCACGGCGUCAGCGGGAGAUUCUGACCUUCCCCAUGCACGGAGGCAAUUUCUGUCCCAGCGAUCUCGUUGAGAUGAAAGCUUGCCAUUUGCCAACUUGCGAUCUGAAGGAUUGUAAGGUUUCAGGCUGGCUCGAGUGGGGUGCCUGCUCUGCGUCCUGUGGCCCCGGUCAGCAAAGCCGCGUUCGUGCAGUGAUCAACCUCCGGGAACCUGGUGGCUUCGGCUGCUUCUUCUCCAUUGCCGAGAACCAGGCCUGCCAGGGCAGCGAUGGAGCUUGCUCCGCAGACUGUGAAUGGGAGAACUGGGAUGACUGGUCGGAUUGCAGCCAAUCCUACGGGGGGGGCCACAUGAAGCGCGAACGCAAGAUCAAGACCAUGCCUUCUGAAGGAGGCAAGGCGUGCGACAACAAGGACAUGACGGAAAUGCUGCCUUGCAACGUGGGCGCCUGCCAUGAGCAUUGCGUCGACGGCGCCUGGGCCGUCUGGGAGCAAUGGUCUCCAUGUAGCCGCACAUGUGGAGGAGGUGUGACCUUCCGACGCCGGGAGGUGAAGCAAAUGGCCAACAGCUGCGGCCAUCCGGCUAUCGGCCACGACAAGGAGACGAAGUUCUGCAACGUCGACGUGCACUGUCAGAAAGACAAGGACUGCCUCUACACCGGCUGGAGUAGCUGGAACGAGUGCUCCAGCAGCUGCACAGGCAUUCGAUUCCGGCGGCGAAGCAUCGCCGCCUAUGGCCACGGCGACGGCCUCUUCUGUCAGGGCGCCUUGCAGGAAGUCUCAAUGUGCAACCCCGCGGAGGGCGAGGCGGCCCCGAGCGGCUGCCUUGAAGGGCCGAAGGUGGACUGCGUGCUCAGUGCCUGGAGCGGCUGGGAUGCCUGCAGCGCCACCUGCGACGGCGGGGAACAAAGGCGCCACCGAUACGUCACCCAGCAUCCCCACCACGGCGGCCUUGCGUGCAAAGGCACGCUCGUGGAUGUCCGGGAAUGUGGUCGUGACCACUGCCACAACGGCGGCCAUCCGCUGGAUUGUGUUUACGGGCAGUGGAAGGAGUGGGCAGCCUGUGGACAAUGUGACGGUGAGAGAAAGCGAGUCCGGGAAAUUCUGGUUUACCCGGCAAAGGGCGGCCGAGAAUGUGUCCCGGCGGCCAUGGAGGAAGUGGGCGCUUGCCCCAACCCCUGUGCUUCGGAGCUCGCCUGCUCCUGGCAAAGUUGCUCGGGGCACCCAGAUCUUUGUGCACGACCCUGUGUCUACAUCGCCAAGAGGGGCGCCUGCAAUGUGGAUUCUUGCAAUUUCUGCCACUUGGGCCAUGACCCGGAUCGGCCCCCUGCGAAGCUGGAUCAGAGAAGCCGGCAGAUAUUGUCGAAGCUUGCCCGUGGCGACGUUUGUGCAUUGCUUUUGGGGAUUUUCCGUGCCAAGAUAGAACAGAUGGAGCAGCUUCGCGACACAGCUGCACACAUUCUGAAGCUCUUGGAGGAGGAGAUCGCAAAGUACCCACCGGAAGGACGCCUGGCGGGGAAGAGAUCGCAGGAGUUGCGGAAGUUCCUGGGGCGCAUGUCCUUGACAUAUUCGAUGACGUAUUUCUCGCCGAACUUACCAGAAAACUUGAUCGUGGCCUUCGAGCGGAUGCGUCAGACCUAUCCAUCGCCGCAAGGGGCAGAUCUGUCCUUGAGGGAGGCACUUGUCCUGUUCCCGCCUCGCAUGAUCACAGCCAUGCGCAAUGACGAGGAUAUGGACGACCUGAUCACCGAGGGUGCAGUGUGGCGUGUCUGGGUACGUGUACUCAUUGAGAAGGAAGGUUAUACGGGUUAUAUCCUUCAGCUUUUCGGCAUCCUUCAUCCGAUUCUUUGCCCUGGCUCCGGCCUUGCGAUACAUCUUCGACUCGUCGCAGGAGCCACUGAAGCUCAUGAUUCGCCAGUGAAUCCUGUCGGGACAGCGGUUGGUAUCCGCCGAAGAUCUUUUGCCGGUGCCACAACGGCGAUCAUCGGUGCGGGAUGGACGAGAGCAGGAAAAAGGUCCAAGUGGAGCUCUUGCUCUGCAACCUGUGGGACCGGUGGAAGGAGACAUCGCUUUAGGGAGAUGAUCAAGGUCACGCGGCCUGUAAACAGCGGGCUUGCGGGUAAACCACACCGGGACCUCAUCCAGAAGUACCGGACGCUGUACGAUCGCACGCGCAGCCUGGAGGAGGGCCAGAUGAAGGAGAUAGGCCUUGCCUUCCUCGCGGGCUUUCUGGCGCUUUCAGCCGUCGGAACCUUCGUGCAGCGGCUGCGGCGGCCUGCAAUCCAGGUCACGAUGGUCGACACCGAGCAGGCCCUCGCUGGUGAAGAGGCCUCCGAUGUGGAGGAGGAGAUGCUGGGAGAUGGCUAUGCCGCGGCGGAGCGCAUCGCCCUGGAGCCCAACGGCAACCCUAACUAUCUGAUCGACCCGAAUAAUGCCAACUUCUUCCACAUGAUGUUCUUCUUGUGA